UCAGUAUACAGGGUGGAUGGGCCAACCUGCUGUUUUUUUCCAAAAUGUUCAAGAUCCUUAACAAUGUCACAUUCAGGAGGGACUGACCCCUGGCCAUCUAAAAAAGGCAAAGCUAAUGUUCUUCUACACACGUUACCCAAGCUCUAAUGUGCUGAAAACCUUCUUUCCUGAUGUAAAGUUCACCAGGUGCAUCACAUCCCAGCUGAUCAAGUGGUUCAGCAACUUCCGCGAGUUCUAUUACAUCCAGAUGGAGAAGUUUGCGCGGCAGGCCGUGGCGGAGGGAGUGGGCAACACGAGGGACAUCACGAUGGACCGGGACUCCGAGCUCUUCAGAGCACUGAACACACAUUACAACAAAGCCAAUGACUACCAGGUCCCAGACAGAUUUCUUGAGGUUGUGGAAAUAACACUAAGAGAGUUCUACACUGCCAUCUCCCUGUCCAGAGAUAUGGACCCCUCUUGGAAGAAGGCAAUAUACAAGGUCAUAUGUAAAUUAGACAGUGAUAUCCCAGCAGCAUUUAAAUCUCCUUUGUUCACAUAG